GCAGCAGGGAGAGAGAAGAACAUCCAGCUUAAAAAAAUAGCUGCAAAAGACAUUAUCUGCAAGCGGGUGAAAAAGGAUGGCUGAGCCUCGGUUCAAUAACCCGUACUUCUGGCCUCCACCUCCCUCCAUGCCUGGCCAGCUGGAUAACCUCGUGCUCAUCAACAAGAUCAAGGAGCAACUAAUGGGCGAGAAGAUCCGCCCGCUGCACCUGCCCCCUACCUCCACACCAUCCCAACAGCCGCUUCUGGUGCCGCCCUCCCCCUCCCCAGAAGGGGGCGCUGCUCACGGUAUAACAGGGCCCAAGCCUCAGACACAACAGCAACAGCAGCAGCAACAGUCAGUAACAGGGCACCAUACGCAGAGCUCAGGGCAACCGGAUAUCGCCCUCCGCGCCCGGCCUGCCACCAGCUCCGGACCAGAUGUAAAUAUGGAUGAUAAGGCUGCAGUGAAGGCCAAAGGGUUGUGGGAAGACUGGCACAUGAGACAACUUAGUGAGCAGUCGGUGCGUCUCAACCACAGAACAGGUUUAGUUCCUUCCUCAAGAGCAGAGACCCACACCUCCUCAGAUGCCCUGACCCCAACCACACCCACCUCCAGCUCCCAGAACAGGCUCAGCAGCGCCCCUUCUGUCAACAUCCUCUCAGGGCUGACCACCGCACCAGGGAUGGACCACAUGAAGACUGGGGGCCUGGCGGGACUUCUUGGGCCCCCCCCAAAACCCCCCCGCGGGAGAAAGAAGAUUAAGGCCGAGAACCCAUCUGGACCACUGCUGGUGGUGCCCUACCCCAUCCUCGCAGACCAGGGCUGUGUAACUGUGGCCCCCAAAGAGGGGAGAACAUACAGAUGUAAAGUGUGCCCGCUGACCUUCCUGUCCAAGUCAGAGAUGCAGCUUCACUCCAAGUCGCACACAGAAGCCAAGCCGCACAAGUGUCCGCACUGCUCCAAAACCUUUGCCAAUGCCUCGUACCUAUCCCAGCACCUCCGCAUCCACCUGGGCAUCAAGCCCUACCACUGUUCUUACUGUGAGAACUCCUUCAGACAGCUGUCCCAUCUGCAGCAGCACACCAGAAUCCACACUGGUGACCGGCCGUACAAAUGUGCUCAUCCCGGCUGUGAAAAGGCCUUCACUCAGCUCUCCAACCUCCAGUCUCACCAGAGGCAGCACAAUAAAGACAAACCAUACAAAUGUCCAAACUGUUACCGUGCCUACUCGGACUCAGCCUCGCUGCAGAUCCACCUGUCCGCUCACGCCAUAAAGAACGCCAAGGCCUACUGCUGCAGCAUGUGUGGCCGCGCCUACACCUCAGAGACCUACCUUAUGAAGCACAUGUCCAAACACACUGUUGUGGAGCACCUCGUCAACCACCAGUCUCCACAGAGGACCGACUCUCCCAGCAGCAUCCCUAUCCGAAUCUCCCUCAUCUGAUCCAGAGUAGGGCCCAGGGUGCAGCUCGCUUAGCAGGCCCUGCACCUACAGCCAUCUACAUCAGGCACAGACAGUACUAAAGCUGGCAUUAACAGGCCAUUUGAACCGAAUGAAAGUGGUUUGAAAAACAAACAGCAGUAUUUUACCAAUGUAAUGUGGUGGCUUGUUGAUUUGUGGAGAGUGGAGAGGUUGAAUAUUGUAAUGCGUCAGAUUUCUAAAGCACUUUCUGGUAAGAGUUGAGUAAACCGCUGGAUUAAUUGGAUGUUAGACAUGUUUAAGUUAAUCCAUGGCCUUCUUCAGACCCGACACGAGAUCAUUUUAGUGGAAUGAGAUUGAAUGUACCCAACAAAAUCAACAAUUUUUUAUGUCGUCUCUCAUCCCU